AUGGAGGACUCUCUUGUAAUGCGAAGGCCCAAACGAAGUACCGCUGGCAAUCGGAUGGAGGCUGCGUUAGCAGAGUUCCGCGCUGAAGAAGUAGGAAUGGACAUCGAGGGGGACGUGGAUUUUGUCAUUGAGAAAGGUAAGCCAUAUGAGGAAGAUGCGUUUGAAUCAGACUUCGAGAGUACGGAUGAAGAGGCGAACCAGGAGGAUGUAGACUAUGCUGCAGAGAAGAUGAUCAUACAUGAAGAGCGAUCUGUGCAGAAGGCAGCUCGCACGAAACUCGACAAAGUGACUGCGGCCGCCCAUGCGCGGCAGAAGGCCACUUUCAAUCCUCAGAACGAGCCUUUGGCAAGCACGCAUAUGAAUACGCCUAAAGCAAAUAGGCGAGUCUCGCUGGGGCCUGCCAUCGAUGCAGAGACAGGUGAGAUCGUGGAGAAGGCGAAGCGGCAUAGUCAGCGAAGUCAUACCAUGUUGAGCACAUCUGCGACCGUCAGCAGAAUGAAGGAUGCAGAGGAGAAGAAGUCUGCCUUGCCGAAGAAAGCCAAGGUCAAGACACGGCCACCAACUCAGGUUGAGCUGAUCGCUCGUGCGCUGGACAUGGAGGAGGGGAAUACUAUCGAGCACCGAGACUAUCUGAGCAUGGAGGAGGAGAAGCGCAAGAAAGCGCGAUUGGUGCGUAUGACAGUACAGGGUCCAUUGCUGCGGUGGAUCAGCAAGUCAGAGGAGGUUAAAGUGGUAGUCGAGCCUCCUCCUCCUGCGCAUUCCACAAGCACCGCGCUUCGGCCACUGGCACCACGUCCUUCUUAUGGGUAUGCACAGACAUAUCCACAUUAUAGCAACGUGUCUUCCGACAGUACAGCUGGCCCUUCAUCAUAUGUUCAUCCAUCUGGCUCAUCCUCGAGUAGUGCUUCUGCUGCUCCACCUUCCUUCCACCCGUCUGCCUCGUCAUCUGCUGCUACUUCUGAGAAGCAAGAACGCAUAGAGACAGUGAUGAAGAACUAUGUCGUUCAUGAAGCUAAUCAGUCCGAAAAGAGCUCUCGUCCGUCGUGGCUCAGUACGAUGAAGGCCAUGUUUGGUGAGAACGUUAACUGGGAUGAACUCCGAGUGUACGUCUCCAAAGGCCGGCCAUACACUCGACCAACCCAGACCUGUUCGAUUACCGGCAGGCCAGCACGAUAUCGCGACCCAAGGACCAACGUGCCGUUUGCGGACAUCGAGGCAUAUCACAUAUUGACCAAGGUGUUGGCGCACGAGUAUGUAUGGAGCGAUGCUCUGGGCUGUUACGUUGGUCAUCAGGAGGACGGUGUACUCGAUAUUUAA